AUGGAUCCAGCAAAGGAGGAACCAAUUCGAUCAGCGGUGGAGAUUCAGGGAGUCAUGCUCGGCAGACAUGAGGAGGAGUUGUCCGCCGCCCGUCACGCAGUUGAGAGUUUGACCGCACAGCUGACGGAUUUAUCUUCUCGUCUUCUACAGCUUUACCGAGAACCAUCAACGUAUUACAGCCGACAUCCACCUUCCGAGCCGCGUGUUAACAACCCCCCCUGCUAUGCCGGUGAGCCCACUGAAUGCAGAGCUUUUCUGACUCAAUGUGAGGUUGUCUUUUCUCUCCAGCCUCAGACAUAUGCGGGAGAUUCCGCCCGGAUCGCCUUUGUACUUUCGCUGCUCACGGGGCGAGCUCGCGAAUGGGGAACCUCCGCUUGGGAGGCACAGACUCCUUGCUGUGGUCGUUUCGAGCUCUUCAAGGAGGAGAUGACCAAGAUAUUCGACCGAUCCGUUUUCGGCCGCGAGGCUUCGCCCCUUCUCGCUGUGCUUCAUCAGGGCAGAAG